UUUCCAUUGAUCAAUUUUUUCAUCACCUUUUCUCAGCUCAGCUUAUUUACUUCCCUUAUUUGCUUUCUUUUAACACCCUUUUCUUGUUUUCUUUCUUGAUCACUUUCAUCAUUUUACUCAAAUUCCAUCAUAGCAAUGGCCACUGUCCAGGUUAAACCUGAGCAGGUUGCUUCAGCUCAGACAGCACUGCCACAGGAGAAGAAAGUGGAGGAACCAGCAAAAACUUCGCCACCCCAAGUAGAAGAAGAGAAGGCAGCAGAAUUCGCCGAGCCAGAGCAGCCUAAGGUUGACUCUGCUGAAGAGAAACAACCAGCACCACCAUCAUCAGUAGAAGGUGAAAAAAUUGAAAACACUGCAGUACAAGAAGAGGCGAAAGCUGAGGCAGAGCAACAACAGCAAGCAGAACCUGCUGCUGCAGUUGAAGCAGAAAAUGUUGCAGAACAAGAAAAAGAAAACACUGCAACUAAGGAUGAUGAUCAAGCAGUCGAGGAGGCUAAGGAAGCAAUAGAAGAGCUGGAGGUUGAGGAAAAGAAGUCGUCUACUCCUGUCGAGGAGUCCUCGAAGGUGGCACCAGAGCCUGUGGCAGAGGAAAGCAAAAAGGAAAACAAGGAAGCAGAAGUCAAGGAAGCAAAGGAGGAAGCAGCAGUGAAGCAGGAAGACACUGCAGAAGCGAAGAAGCCGGCUGAGAAGACUGAUGAAGUGAAGGCUGGUCCUGCGGCAGCACCUGCAGAACCUGAAGCAGAUGCUGCUGUUGCUGUUAUUGAGGCUGAUACUGCAUGAUUUGGAAAAGAAAAAAAAAACUUCUGUUUUCUGAGAUCAUGUAAUGGAUUUUACCUUUCAUUUUAAUUUGUGUGUGUGUUAAAUUAGAUGAAUAUGUUAAAUUGGUCUGCUAUAUGUAUUAUGUAGUAAUGGUUGUAUUUUCGAUGUGGUCGAAUUAAGCCCAUUUUGGUGAAAUAAGGAUGUAAUGAGCUUUUAUCAGACUCUUGUAUGUUUAUCCAAGAUGGGAAGUAUGAUUCUGGCUCGCUAUUAGAUCAAUGAAAUACGGCGUAUUUUGUUUAA